AUGCAGCAGAUCGAGCUCAGGGCCCUUCCAACCGGAGCCUCACGAGUCUCGACAAGUUCCGACCGUUCAGACACGGAGAUGGUACAUUUCAGAGGCUCCCUUAGCCUCUCGGACGCGAAAGCCGUCCGCACGAGGGACGGUGACUCGCCGACAGACGAGGACCUGAAGACGUUGCCACGCGUGGCCGACCGCAUCUCGUGGAGCGUGUACACGGUCGCCUUCGUCGAGCUGUGCGAACGCUUCUCAUACUACGGCACUCAGAUCUUGUUUCAGAACUUUGUCCAGCGCAAACGGCUGACGCCGACUGGUGCAGCACUUAACCCUAGCGGUGACACCAACAACAACCCGGGCGCAUUGGGUCAAGGACAGCAGACGGCGACCGCUCUCAGCACGUUCUUCGCCUUCUGGUGCUAUGUCACACCUCUGCUGGGCGCGUGGCUCGCCGAUACGUAUCUUGGAAGGUACAAGAUGAUUAUGGUGUCCAUCGCAUGCGCACUAGGAGGGCAUUUCAUCCUCGUUGCCGCCGCUACACCGUCGUCUCUGCAGCACACUGACUCUGCUCUGGCGACAUUCAUCGUGGGGAUCAUCGUCUUCGGCCUCGGGACAGGAGGGUUCAAGCCCAACAUCUCGCCACUCAUCGCGGAGCAGAUCGUCACCGACAAACUUCGCGUCGAGACCAACUCUGACGGCGACCGCGUCAUCAUCGACCCGGCGCAAACGUCGGCGCGCAUCUACAACUGGUUCUACCUCUUCAUCAACAUUGGCGCGUUGCUCGGACAGCUCUCCAUGUCCUACGCCGCGCUGUACAUAGGAUACUACCUCGCUUUCCUUCUCCCGACCAUUCUGUUUCUUCUCUGUCCUCUCGUGCUUAUCGUGUACAAAAGCACUUACCGUCUCAACCCACCCCAGGGCUCUGUCCUCGGCCCGGCAGUCCGCUUCCUCUUCUACGCCACGAGAGGCCAAUGGUCCCUCAACCCGAUCCGCACGCUACAUAAUCUCCGGACGCACGAUGUCUGGACCGCUGCGCAACCGUCGCGGAUCCCUGCCCGCCGCCGACCUAGCUGGAUGACGUUCGACGAUGCCUGGGUUGCCGAACUGCGACGGGGCGUGCAAGCCUGCACCGUCUUCCUCUGGAUGCCCAUCUACUGGCUCACGUUCAACCAGCUUCAGAACAACCUCAUCUCGCAGGCCGACACGAUGCGGCACACCGGCAUCCCGCCCGAGAUCGUGAGCAAUUUCGACCCUCUUGCGCUGAUCAUCCUCAUUCCCGUGUGCGAUCUGCUCGUUUACCCUGCCCUGCGCAAGUCCGGGUGGGUCCGUGUCACCCCGAUCCGCAAAAUCACGCUAGGAUUCUGGUUUGGGAGCGCCGCCAUGAUCUACGCUGCCUUCUUGCAACGGUACAUCUAUGCGCACAACGCCUGUGGCAUGUAUCCUAAUGAGGGGCUACCCUUGGAUAGCAGUCAGCUCGGAGCCGACCCCGCAGCGGCGCGCGAGGACUGUCCGCCGGCCGACGUGAGUAUAUGGUGGCAGACACCCAUCUAUGUCCUCAUAGCGACAAGCGAGAUCCUCGCGAGCGUGACGGUGCUGGAGUACGCUUUCACCAAAGCCCCGCGGAACAUGAGGAGCAUGGUACAGGCCUUCAGUCUGUGCAUGACGGCCGCGGCCAAUCUCAUCGGAGAAGCACUCAUUUGGCUCGCGAGGGAUCCAUUGCUUGUAUGGAAUUACGCCUUCAUGGGAUUCGUGGCUGCCGUUGCUGGUGGGCUGGUGUGGAGGUUCCAUGGGCAUUUGGACGAUGAGGAGGAUGCGAUGAAUUUGUUGCCUCAAGGACACGUCGGUGUGAAGAGUACGCAGAGAGGUAGUGCCGACCUUAGACGGCGUAGUGGGAAUGUGGGCGAAGAAGACUCGGAAGGGAGCGAGGCGGAGGAGGAGGAUCACCUUAUGCAGAAUGUUCGGCCCUGA